AUGAUGAGCAAGGCGAGCGACUCUGCCUCGUCCACCUCUUCUCACGCGCUCUCGUCUGCGUCUUCCUUCGGCGCCACGUCGGCGGCGGCUGCCGGCGCAGCCUCCCCCGCGGAGAAGGCGCCACCCUCCCUGCAGCCUUCGCCGGCGCGGUCGCCGCCGUCCCAGGUCCGCUCCGCCUCCGCGGUGGCGACGAAGCAGUUUGACCGCAGCCUGUUUCGCGCGUUUCUGGCCGCCGCGUCGCGGCUCUUCUGCGACGACGACCAAAUCGUCGUCGUGGACUUCCUCGCCUUCCACGAAAAAGCCUACACGGAGCGCGACCUCAUCGAGCGCCUCGGCUGGCCAGACCGGCGCGUCCGCGAGGCCUGCGCCGCCCUCGAACGCAUGCAGCUGGUCGCCAAGGAACAACUCAGCGGCCUCGGCGGCGCGACGGGCGGCGCUCGAAACGCAGACCGCGGCGGAAGCAGCGCGCAGAGCGCCGUGGGCGCUGCCACCGGGCGCGCCAGCGACAGCGUUGUCGGAUCCUCGAGCAGCAGCACCGUGAGUUCGUCUGGGGGGCGGGGCGCGGGGGGGGGCGUAGCCGCGUCUCCGCCUCCUGCGCAGGUGGCGCUUUCCGCUUCGCCUCUGGGCGCCUCGGCGUCGCAGUCGGCGCCCUUUUACUUCCGGAUUUCUCCGUACUGUCUCCUCGUCUUCCACUUCCGCCUGCAACGCGUGGAGCAGCAAGUCGAGGAUCAACGCCGCGCCGCGGAGAACCGAGACCUGUUCUACUGCCCCCGGUGCCGCGCGGAAUACGACGCCGUCGACGCGCAACUCCUCGACGUCCACCCGCACGACGCGCACUUCCUCUGCAAAUUCUGCAGCGAGAAACUUGAGCACGAGGAUAGCAAGGUUGUCCUUCAACAGGCCGUUUCGCUUCAGCAACGAUGCGAAAAGCAGCUUCAGACCAUCAGAACGCUAGUUCGUAGAGGCUGGAAUAUGGAGAUUCCGACGUUCCCGCCCUUCAGUCGAGCCGAGCGCACCGCGUAUCGGAAAAGACCUGCGGAGGAAGGCGGAAAGGCCCCCGCGGGUGGUCCCGGGAGCGCCACAGGAAGUUUGCCUGGCGCGGGACCCGCCUCCACCGUGGGGUCGGCGCUUGGCGCUGACGAUUCGCUCAGCGACACCAGUCUGCCAGGAGGUGGCGUUCGUCUGCAGAUGCGUCAGGGCCUGGCCAGCGCACCGGAGGCUGGCGGAGCGUCGUGGCGGCAGACGCCCGCGUGGGUGUUGCCUGAACACCAGGCCGAGGCUGCCGGCGCGUCGAGCGCAGGGGGCGGCAGCGUCGCCCUCGCGCGCGCUGCGGCUGCCGCUGCUGCGGCUGGCGCGCGCGCCGCUUCAGGCGUCUCGACCCACGGCGGCGCGCCUGCACCCGACGCACAACACAGCGCGAGUGCGCGCGCGCCGCAGCAGCAGCGGCAGCAGGGCGGCGGCGGCGGUGGGCGGCAUCAGAUUCGCUUUUCGAUGAAGGGCAGCGCGUCCAGCACGGGCGGGAAGAGCGCGCCGUCGUCAGUCGUCGGCUCGAAGGCGCGGUCGCUGCCCUUGAACCGAACCGGCCCCGGCGGCCGGGGACCGCCAGGGGCGACGGCUGCGGGCCUGCAGACCGACCCGAGGGCCGCUGCGGGCGGCGUCUCGCCGGGCGCGACGCCGCCGAGCGCGACGAAGACGGCGCCGCGUGGAAACGGGUCGACGGCGGCAUCCUCCGCGGACUUGUCUGACGUCUCUGCUGCUGGCGCGGACGGGCCGCCAGCAGGGCGCCCCAAGGCCGUCGUCGCCGCCAGUCAAGACGAGCUGCGCGGCAAUCCCCAGAGAGGAGCGGAUGUGGGCGGCGUGAGCAGUCAGGCCUCUGGGGACGGCGAGCUGAGCUCGCCCUCGGCAUUCGCGUCAAGCUCGGCGGGGGCUGCCGCCGGCGCAGCGGUUUCCGCGAGAGACACCUCCACGAACGGCGAGGCGGAUCCGCUCGGCAGCGUCGGGGCGGGCGGCAGCGCCGUACCGCUGUUUUAUGUCGGCAAACUGGGGAGAGAAAUGACGCUCGAGGAGGCGGCUGACCACCAGCUGGAUAUGACGGCUGAGGAACACGAGCGUUUCAUGGAGCUCCAGGCUGUCUAUCUCGACGACAUCUAA